AAACGCAGAAUAAGCGAGCGCGCAGUCGAACACCAUUUAACCGUUACAGUUAGUUUGCUUUCGUGCGUUUUGUUUUGAUCGCGCUCUUCCCUUGAAGAAUUGUAGCUGAUAUUUUUUUUGUUCUUUUCUUAUUGUGAAUAACGCGACAAAUGCGUUUGUGUGUGUUGUGUGUGCUUGCAACAUUUUUACCUGUAUAUGCGAAAGUCUGCAAGCUGCUUGAAUCCCAAAUGUAUUAGUCAUGAUCGCGAACGCUCGUUGCCGCAAUUUUGAAUCAUCCGACAGGCCCCCGGCCCCCUGCCCCCCCUUGGCCUGCAGCAGGCCCCUAACUCAAUGCGCUCAGCAUUCGUGAAUAACCCGGCGGCAACAGCGAGCGCAAAUCGUUAACUGUUUACAUUUGUCAGAGCUGGCUUAAGUUCAGUUAAGUUCAGUUCACCUGAGUGAAGUUUUGGCUCAGUUAUUACUCAUAAACACCUGAGCGCUGACUUUGGGUCGCAUCGCAGCGAGAUUUGCUCUCUAACAGCUGCAAUUACGUGAAAUAAUCAACAAACUAAUGUCUGAUAAGCACAGCGGGUCGAGUAAGUGCGUCAUUUGUGAUUUGUGAUCGGUGAUCGGUGAUCAGUGAUCAGUGAUCGGUGAUCGGAUCGUGAACGUCAGCACAGCUGGGACAAGUUGUCUACCUCUACGAAUCGCAUGUGCCACACCAGAAGGCCAGCAUGAAUGACGACACAACUGCUAGUCCCAGUCCGAGUCCGGGCCUGGGCUAUGGCAUGGAUGAUAUGCUGUCUGCGGCGCCGACGGGCCCAGCGAGCGGCCUGGAUGCUGUGGACGAAAGCGGCUUCUCGCAAUCGCUGUUGACCUUUGCGGCGAUCAUGACCUUUCUGAUCAUGAUCGUCGGCAUUUGCGGCAACUUUCUGACCGUUGUCGCGCUCCUCAAGUGCCCCAAGGUGCGCAAUGUGGCCGCCGCCUUUAUCAUCAGCCUUUGCAUAGCGGAUCUGCUGUUCUGCGCCGUGGUGCUGCCCUUUCAGGGUCUGCGCUUUGUCCAGGGCACCUGGCGGCAUGGCCCGGUGCUCUGCCGCCUCAUUCCGUUCAUCCAGUACGGCAACAUUGGGGUCUCGCUGCUGUGCAUCGCGAUGAUCACGAUCAAUCGAUACGUGAUGAUCACCCACCAUGGCUGCUAUGCACGGAUCUAUAAGCGCCACUGGAUCGCGAUCAUGAUCGCCGCCUGCUGGCUGGUCUCCUAUGGAAUGCAGCUGCCGACGCUGCUUGGGGCGUGGGGUCGAUUCGGCUACGAUGCCCGGCUGCAGACGUGCUCCAUAAUGAGCGACGCGCACGGGCACAGCAGCAAGACGACGCUGUUCAUAACGGCCUUUGUGAUACCCUGCCUGGUGAUCAUAGCCUGCUAUGCGAAGAUCUUCUGGGUGGUGCACAAGUCCGAGCAGCGGCUCAAGCGGCAUGCCAACAAACAGAACUCCAUACCCAACAAUUUGCGGCCAGUGGCCGCCGCGUCUCCCGCUGGCCAGGAUGGACCAGUGCAGCCGGCCGUGGUGGCGGCGGUGGCGGCGGCGGCGACAGCCAGUCGUGUGUCCACCGACAGCAGCAGCAGCUACUCGACGGAUGUGCCCGAGGCGUUGACAGUUGCAGGCAAACAGCCGCCGCCGCAGUCGCGGGUCAAGGAUCAGCGUGAGGUGCGCGCCAAGCGCAACGAGUGGCGCAUUACCAAAAUGGUGCUGGCCAUAUUCCUGUCGUUCGUCAUCUGCUAUCUGCCCAUUACGAUAGUCAAGGUGGCCGACAAGGAUGUGGAGCAUCCCAGCCUGCAUAUCUUCAGCUACAUCAUGCUCUACCUGUCCGCCUGCAUCAAUCCGAUCAUCUAUGUGAUCAUGAACAAGCAAUAUCGCAAGGCCUACAAGACGGUCGUCCUCUGCCAGCCGGCCAGGCUCCUGCUGCCCUUCGGCAAGACGAACGGUGCCAGCAGCGCCGCAGAGAAAUGGAAAGAUACCGGAUUGAGCAACAACCACAGCCGCACCCUUGUCUCCCAGAUGUCCGCCGGCGCAGCAGCAGCAGCGGCGGCGGCGGCGGCGGUUGCAGCGACGUCGGCGGCGACGCCGCCGCCCGCAUCCGAUUGCCAGUCCUUGCCGGCGACCAAAGCGUCGCCUCAGUCACUGGAGCUGAUGUCCAGGUGUCCAGAUCUAAUAAAUCGAACGAAUCAGCCGCCAUUGGUUACGCCCCCGCCGCCAUCGGUAACGCUGGCAACGGCUCAACCGAGCAGCAGCAGCGGCGGCAGCCGGCUGCCGCUCAAGAAGAGCAAUCACUCCUACAUCAACAACGGCUUCAACAGCAGCGGGCACAGCCAGAACAGCGCCGUUUAUCGGCCCGCAGCUGGCUCCCCGCCGUCGGCGGCGGCGGCGCCGCUGCGUCGCAUCACCAUGGUGGGGGACGAUAUUAUACUGGAGGAGGAGGAACUGCCCGCAGUGCCCAGUCCGACGGCGACGGCGCUGUCAGUCAGCAAAGUAACCAAAUCGCCCAUCUACAUGAACGUCAACAGUCCGAAGAGAAACCAAUCUUAUAGCGACAAGGCUUCGGUCAAGGAUGCACUGCAGCAGGCAUCUGUCCCAUCCGACCAGGGCGAGGAUCAGCUGGAUGCUAGCAAAGUGCCCACAAAGUUUCCAAAUCCAAAAGACUAACGAAAUGCUUUAAUUCCAAAUAUCGUAACUGUUACAUUCCCCCCCACCACAGCUCCUUCCACCACUACGUACGUUAUAUAUAUAGUAUAUCGUACAUAUCGUUUAGCAUAUAUCGUAUAUUCAAUAUCGACUACGACAUAAUUAUAGGCAUAUACUACAUAUAUCACAAACAGUAUACUGAGCUCGCAAAUUCGUUUACGGUAUGUGCAUACAAAUAUCUAUGCCGUUAUGGUAUAACAUGUGUGUCGUCAAUUAUAUAUCGUGCUAUUAAUAACGUUUACGAUAAGCCAAGUUCUCAAUAUUGAUUGCGUUUAUAUAAAUAUGUAAAUCGACGUAUCAUAUCCUGUAUUUACCUAUAUCGUAAAUGGUAGAAUAUCCCCAACAUCGUUUACGGAGUGUACAUAUACGUUAUCGUAAACAGUAUAUCGUAUCUCUCAAUAUCGAUAUGUAAAUCGUAAAUGGUAGCUGGCACACGUUAUAUGAAUACAUGUAUAUGUAUCGUAAAUGUUAUAACAAGUACUCAGUCCCGUUUAAAUGCAUAUAUGUAUAUCGUAAAUCGUAAAACGUAAAUGGUUUAUUGUGCUCCCAAUAUCAGUUGUGGCACAUUCAUACAUAUAUAUCGUAAUCGUAACAUACUUAUAGAUAUUUAUCGCUGUCUGCACUUAGUAUUAACCCGUCUAUCUCCAAAUCCCUCAAGCUCAAACUGUAUAUGUUGUUCAAUUCUUAAAAUAUGUUAUCGAUAUGCAUAACCAUCGUUAAAGUCCGUAUCCGUAUGUCUGACAUAAGCAAGGCAACAAAUCCAUUUGAUAAAAUAUAUCUCCAAUUAUGAUUCAUUUAUGGAAACAUAUUUUCGAAUCUGAAAACUGUUCAAUUUGUUAAUUACUCAAUUUUGCUUAAUAAGAACAUUAUAUUUGUACAUUUCAUUAACAUUUUUGUCCACUGUUAACAGCUCAUGUUCAAGUUAUUAUGUUAUGCUUCCAUGUUACAGUUAUGGGCAAGAAACACUCAAUUGUCGAUCACGUUCGACUAGAGCUUAUUUAAUUAUUUUUAUAUAUAUUAUAUAUUUUUUUAAAUAUUAUUUAUAAAAUUGUAAACUAUCUUUUUUUUCCUUAUGUUUUUUUUUUUUUUCCUUACAAUCGUGUUGAGCUCCGAUUGGGUCUAUUGCGGACCUUGACCACAUUUGAUAGCUAGAUUGUUAACCCAUAUAGUAUGCCAUAAAACAUUCCAUAUAUGUAUUUAUAUAUAAACUAUAUCUGUAGCACUAACUAUAUAUGUUUGUUUGUACCUAUCAUAGCAUAGAUCCCUCGCACAUAUAUAUAUAUAUAUAUAUAUUUUAUAUGGGCUGCACUGUAAAGCAAUCGAAUAUACAAUAAUACUUAUACAAAACAAUUCGUUCAGUAAAUCUUAUGUGAACAUAUUUUAAUCAAUCUACAAAUAUUGGAAUAUGUAUUUUGCCUAGCCUAAUCAUAUUGCAGCUUAUCUCUUAUUGAGCUAGAGAAUUAGAGAGUAAGUGAGAGAGCGAGAGA